CGCAUCUCUGCGCGUUUUGUGUUCUUUGUUUGUGUCUGUCCCGUCUGUUUGCGCCUGUGGGACUGGCACUUUUAGCAGCAGCUGUGACGUAUUCGUCUCUUGGAGUAGCACACUCUUCCACUCCCUCCUGCCUCCUUCCCCAGACCUGGUGUGACUGUCACCCCCUCCACCGGUGGACUAUGCCCACCUCAGUCAGCUGAGGGAGGGGGCUCUGCUCAGGUUGCUGCUCAGGCUCCCAUCUGGAGAAAGCUUGGGCUGAAAUCAAAGUGGAGGCGGAUAGGUUAUUGCUGAAGAUGCAAGCUUCAACUGUCUCACCUGUGAGCAACACUACAACACCUUCAAACACAACCACUGUCACCAAGUCCAAAGAACAAAUACUCAUCCAGAGUUCUGGGGCGAUGAUCGCUGUCAUCGUCAUAGGUAUUAUCAUCAUUCUCGCCAUUCUACUGAUUAUCCUGAAGACAUACAACAGGCGGACACAUGUAUCCCGAGUCCUGGGAGCCAACGGGGGCUCCAAACCUCGCCCGAAGAUGUCACAAUCCACAGUUCAGAGCAGCAUGCCACUGAGCAACAUGGGAGUCAACUCUGUGACGGGCAGCAUCACCAACUCAAACCCAGAGAACGGCUUCCAGCCUCCCGGAGUGGAACUGAACAGCAUGGAGGGAAACCAAAUAGAGCAGUUCAGCACCACCAGUGGAUCCACUGUGGUCACCAUGCAUGACCCUCCAUCAUUAGGAAACACAUAGCAACAAGACUGCGGUUUAGUCUCACAACAGGCAUUGACUGAUAUGUUGUCUUCAUCCGUGACCACAUGCUGCGCGCUGACUGAAUCCUGUGGAAACUCAAUCCGUGACGUUAGUGUUGUCACCGUCAAUCUCCACCCACUGAGCCACUGCCACUGACGACAUGGAUAACAAGACAAAAAUAUACAUUAUGAACAAAACUGGACCAUAAACAGACACAAUGGACUGCAUGAAGGAUGGGACUAAAACUGAAGCUUUCUUGUGAAGAAUUGUUUUUGGCUACAGUCAGUGUUCAGAGUAUAGAUGCCAUAAGUUCCUGUACUCCUGCAGAUGUUCCAUCAUGACUAUUACAAUGAAGAAAAUGUGUAGUAAAGACUGUAAAGGCUUGACAUUGUUGGUCUUACGUGUGUACAUUUCUGUAUUAAAGAGGACCAUAUAGGUUCAUGAGUAGAAUUAGUAUAAACGUUAGAAGAGACAAAGACAGUAUGAAGUAUGAUAGUGGUUACCAGUAUGAUUUAUUUGUUAAUAUUGCUUUAAUCUAGUUUACCUUGCAUCAUACUAUCUUUGUCUUCUGCACAUACAUCCGCUCAGAUUAUUUUUUGAUUAAAAAAUAUCUAUAAAAUGUCUUAUUUUUACCCUGUAGAGUUAAGAGACCACAGAGAUAUUUGGUGAAAUAUCUUGUUGUCAGCCUAAUGCGCUGAUCCUUUUUUAGUUUGACACCAAAAGAUUUUGCACUUUAUUUUCGUUGCUUUCUGUAUUUGUAUUGUUUGUGGUUCUUUAAAUGAAAUGAGAUUAAAAUAAAAAUUUAAAGUUUCUAAAUGUUCCUGGCCUGAUUGUUAGAAUUUAGUGUUAUUUACACAGAGAAAAAAGCAUGGUAUGAAAAUUGGGAAGGAAAUUUGAAAUAAUGACAAAAAGAAAGAAGAAGAAAAGAAAAGAAGAAAAGUUGUGAGGUGUAGGGGGACACCUAAGCUCAAAUGUGUCUAUCUGUUCUAACAAAUGCUAAUUCAUAGGACUGCUGUCAAAUUAAACCUGGAGUGUCAUGUAAUUGAAAUCACACAACUCCACACAUGUGAUGCCAUAGACUAGGGUGGGGAAAUUUUCCAACAGGAAGUACUUGCUGUGAAGUCCAGUCAAAGGUCAGUGACAAAGGAUUUAGAGUAAUUUAAUGACAAGUAUAUAAAUCUGACAUAAAUGAGGCAAUGUUGCCAAUUGUCAUCAGAUUGUGUUCAUGAUACAUUCAUGCCUCAAAAUAUGGUAUUUUUCAAAUUUCAGUCAAUAUUUCAUUGUCCCACUUCAGAAAAUGUGGUCUGAAAUAUGGGACAGCGUGGUUUUACUAAUGUGGGACAGUCAUAUAAGCUCUGUAAUUGGUGAAAUAUGCAUUUAGGCACAUUAAAUGUGCAAUACUAAUAGUUAUGCAGGGGUCUUAGUCUUGUAAUGCUUAUUUUUAGUUAUUUUAGGCAGAUUACAAAUUAUAUUAUUACUAAUAUUCAUAUAUAAUACAUAAUACUAUUUGUAACAGCAAAUAUAUUGUAAUUAAUUAAUUGAUGAAACAUGGGUAUGCACUUUGGCCAUGAGUAUUAUUGAUCAGCCUCCCAGUGAGUGUCCCAGAUUUCAGCCUGAACUGUCCCACAUUAGGAAAGCCACAUAAUCUGGGACAAUUUGGAACAAAGAAAACUUUCAUAUUUAUAUUUACCAUUU